ACGCGCUUUAGGAGGUCAACUGAAAAAUCAUAUGACACUUGGGUGAGGUGAAGAUCUGGUCCUGUUUCUACGAUUUUCGUCCAAAUUUCAUCGUUUCACCAUGAAGGGUUGUAUUUUUAACAUCGACAGCGGUUACUUGGAAGGUUUGUGUCGCGGAUUCAAAUGCGGGAUCCUCAAACAAUCCGAUUAUUUAAAUUUGGUGCAAUGCGAAACAUUAGAAGAUUUAAAGCUACAUCUUCAAGGAACCGAUUAUGGUACGUUCUUAGCUAAUGAACCAUCUCCGUUAGCUGUAUCGACGAUAGAUGAUAAACUCCGCGAAAAACUUGUUAUCGAGUUCCAACACAUGAGGAAUCAAGCUGUUGAGCCCCUUUCAACAUUUUUGGAUUACAUAACGUACAGUUAUAUGAUUGACAAUAUUAUUUUGUUGAUUACUGGAACUUUGCAUCAACGACCCAUUUCUGAAUUAAUCCCCAAAUGUCAUCCGUUGGGGAGUUUUGAGCAAAUGGAAGCUAUUCAUGUUGCUUCAACUCCAGCUGAGUUAUACAACGCUGUGCUUGUUGAUACCCCGUUGGCCCCAUUCUUCGUUGAUUGCAUAAGCGAACAAGAUUUGGACGAAAUGAAUAUUGAAAUUAUACGUAAUACUUUGUAUAAAGCGUAUUUGGAAGCUUUUUACGAUUUUUGUAAAGAAAUUGGGGGAACUACUGCUGAUUGUAUGUGCGAAAUUUUAGCUUUUGAAGCUGAUAGACGUGCAAUUAUAAUCACCAUAAAUUCGUUUGGUACUGAAUUGAGCAAAGAUGAUCGCGCUAAAUUAUACCCAAGGUGUGGAAAAUUAAAUCCAGAUGGUUUAGCUGCUUUGGUACGAGCGGAAGAUUACGAUCAAGUAAAAGCUGUGGCGGAAUAUUACGCGGAAUAUUCAAAAUUAUUUGAAGGAGCUGGAAAUAACCCAGGAGAUAAGACACUUGAGGAUAAAUUUUUUGAAUAUGAAGUUCGCUUAAACGUCCAUGCUUUCCUUCAACAAUUCCACUUUGGGGUAUUUUAUUCGUAUUUGAAAUUAAAAGAACAAGAAUGUCGCAAUAUCGUAUGGAUUGCAGAAUGUGUUGCUCAAAAACACAGGGCUAAAAUCGACAAUUAUAUUCCUAUAUUUUAAUUGAAAUUGAGGUUUAUAUUAAACAUUCCAAAGUAAAAUAAUAAAAAAUAAUGGAAAAAUAAGGAAAAAUAUAAAGUUAUGUAGAUUUUUUUCUUUGUAUAGAAAACGUUCUAGCUUUAGGUAACAAAAUAUCAAUGUAAAUACACAAUAAUGUUAUAAAACCGUGUUGUUGUUUCUAAAAAGAAAGUUUGUAAUAAUAUUGUUUUGUGUAUAAUUAAUUUUAUCAUUAUUGUAAAAGUAUUAAAUGUAUAUAAAACUAAUUCACAAUUUAUCCUGCGCAUUGUAUUGGUAUAUCAAUUAAAUGUAAUAAAUGUAGUCAAAUACAGUUUA